GACCAGAGGGGCUGACCCCGGCCACGUGACACAGCAGGCUGGCCGCGCCGCCGCCGCCGUAGUGCUGAGUGUGUGCGUGUGUGCGUGUGUGUGUAUGUGUGUAUGUGUGUGUGUCUGCUGCCUCUCACACCGUUUGGCUGUGGUCGACCCGAGCAGACAGCGGAGCUCGUCGCCAGGAGAGACACAAACAGAGACAGGUAGCUCAGUUUGGGGCAUGAAACAUGGAGCCCUCGGCGGCGGGAGAUCGCAUUUUCGCCGCGGAAGCCAUACUGAAACGCCGCGUCCGCAAGGGAAGAAUUGAAUACCUGGUAAAAUGGAAAGGAUGGGCAAUGAAGCACAGCACCUGGGAGCCAGAGGAGAAUAUUCUGGAUGACAGGCUGAUUUUGGGUUUUGAGCAAAAGGAGCGGGAGAGAGAGUUGCAUGGGCCAAAGAAACGGGGACCGAAACCCAAAAACUUUGUUAUGAAGGCUCGUGGACAGAAAAGAGAGACCAGCAGCCGAGCCUCAAGCAGCCGUCAGAACACCCCGCGUUCCUCUUCGUCCACUUCCAGUCGAGCAGCUUCCUCUUCCUCCUCCGCCCUGCCUCAUCAUCUACCUUCGUCGUCUUCAUCUUCCUCGACUGUGGCUCCCUCUCCUAAACUCAACUCGCUUGCCGCCACCCACAAGCUGAAGAAAGACAUUCACCGCUGCCACCGGAUGUCCAGGCGCCCUCUGCCUCGCUCAGACCCCAUGGCGGCUACUUUCUCCAACCCUGGUGGCUUCCCCUCCCGCAUGCACGUCUCCCCCUUCUCUGAGACCGUCCGCAUCCUGAACCGUAGAGUCAAGCCCCGGGAGAUCAAGAGAGGUCGGAUUAUCCUCAAUCUGAAGGUCGUUGAUAAGCCAGGUCGGGGUGGCACAGCCUCGGGAAGUAGGAAUAUUACAGCAGGACGCCAGAACAUCCCUUCCCGCAAUCGCAUCAUUGGGAAGAAGGGAGAGGCCCCCUAUAGACCUUUCCAGCCUCCUCUGAAGAUGCUGGGGUUCCCGAUGUAUGGUAAACCAUUUGGGCUGCAGUGUGGAGGUCCUGUGCCUUUCCACUCCCACCCAGGCUCAUGCUCCACCACAGUGGCUCGGGACAGACGCACCACCUCAUCGCAGUACCAGUCACCUCCUUCUCCUUCCAGCUCCAGCGGGUCCGAAGGAAAAUCUCCCACCAAUGCCACGGCCGCACAGCCUCAGCCUGCCGCCGGAGCAUCACCCUCCAGCAAGGAUGCAAAGUCCAGUAAACCUCACACAGAGACCCAGAAGGGCCAGAGCGCCAAGCUAUCUGCUCCUGCCCCAUCCUCAGAUGGAAACCCGGCGGCGUCUGCAUCUCCAUUCCUCCCCUCCUCUCCCUCUUCUUCCUUGGAAGAUGAAGAGGAGGAGGGUGCCCAGGACCACUCGGUGUCCUCAGAGGGAGAAAGGAAAAAUCCUCGGCAGCGCAGAGCUAAACGUCAGCCGCCCACCACGCUUCCCUCUGUCGCUCCUGGGGACCAAAGCUCUGCCCCUGCUGAACCCCAGAGGGUGCCCGCCGAGGGAGACCCCGACUGGCACCCGGAAAUGGCGCCGAGCUGCAAGGAUGUGGUGGUCACAGACGUCACCACCAACCUUGUUACCGUCACUAUUAAAGAGUUCCCCUCCCCUGCCUCCGGCCCUGCCUCUCCCUCCUCCAGCCCAGAAAACGCCUCCUCCCCUCCUCCUGUCACCACCUCCGAAGACCCCUCCCCAGCGAAGCCAUAGGCAGUCAGAUGUUAUGAAGAUGCCAUUGAUGAUAGAGAAAAUAUCAUGCCAGUGUUGCCACUUCAGCCCUACCUUUAUCUUAAGGGUUUGUCCAUACUUGCAUAAUAGUUAAUAAAAUGUAAUGUAAUGUAAUGGUAACACCGCCCAGCCAUUGACUAGUAAAAAAAAAAGAAUAUUUUUUUUAAAAAGAAGUGUAUAAAUUCGAAAAGGGGCAGCUAAUACGCCCUCCUUGUCAUUUAAAUUGCCAUAUUUUGUCCACUUGCACAGCACUGACUCCUUGAAGCAGACUUGAAUGGAAAUGGUAUCUGUUUUCUUUCACUUGCUUCAGACAUGCUCAGUUUAGCUUGUUUGGUGCACUACAAAUUUGUCCUGAAAGUGAAACCCUCUCUCGUCUGGUGUGAGGGGUAAACUUUUAUCAAGCACACUUGAUGUAUGUGAAAGAAACGUACUGUUUUGACCCGUGCUCCGCUCUGUAGGCUGUUAUCGACAGCCUCCAGGUGUUACGCCAAUUUCCUGACCCCUGCUCUGAUUGGGAGUCCAGCUUGUUAAUGAUAAAUGAGAUGAUGUGUUUUUGCACUUAACACCGUUGGACUCUCAGACCGUGCAUCGAUACAGCGAGGUAAAUGCAACGCACUUGACUGCAUCAAAAUAUAACCUAUUCUAUGUAGUUCAUCAAUUUUUCAAGGCCUUUUCCUCAUGCUCUCUUGAACGCACAUGCAUAUAUAUACAGUGUGAGUAAGUAUUUAUAUGCACGCACAACCUUAAAAGCUGCAAAAGAAUAUACAAAAACAAUAGAUUUUUAAGUUAUUGCUGUCCUUGCGGUCUUUCCUUACUUGCCUUGUUUUCUCACAACCCACCACCACCUUCAGCUCUGUAACGUCCUCCAAGACUCUAAACUGGCCGGAAAAUAAUUGUGAUAUUUCCUCUGUAUGCUAGAAUUGCGCCAUGUAACUUCCCAAAUUGUCAAGGCCUAGAAGGUCCAUGAGCUGAACACAGUUCAGGCUGAAGCCACCAAUGAAAAAGAGUAGUUUGUUGAAUCUGUGGUUUCAAGUCUGUCCAGCAUGAAUCCAGGCAGUUUUGGCUUGUAAAAAUCAAUAGCGAGGGAUAAGUUUGUCUGUUUAGCUUUAACUUUAGCAGGUAAAACAAAGAGCUUUCCACACUUUGUUCCCUUGAAUCUUGUCAGUCAGUCUUUUAGCUACAGUAACUGUUCUUGAUUAGUAUGUUCUCAAGUACUUGUGUCAAUACAAGUGGUUUAUGUAGCGUGGUUCACAGUGUGUUCUUGCCAUCCAUAGAGCUAGUGCUGGAACUGGAGGACACACAUCAUUAUCCUUCUGUUCUGUGGGGGGUCCACCUUACUCUGUGAUUGGUCAGCUGUGCAGAGGUGAGAAAGGAUCCAGGGAUUGAACCGCUCUCUCUGGCUGUUUUUUUUCCCCCUUUCUUGGCACAAGAAUGUGUGAUAUUGGCGCAAAACCGUAAUACAGCAUGUUGCAGGUUGUCGUCCACGAUGCUUAAGUCUAUAUGAGCAAGACGCUUUGUUUUUUAUGUGCUGGCUUUAAAUCCAGAUUUUUUAAAGCAUUGUAAUGUUCUUACUUUAGAUUACAUGGUGCUCUUGAGUACUUGCAGAGGAACGAUGAGGAAUUAGACCAGAGGAUACCUUGUUCUAUCCAGAAACAUGGAAAAUAUCCUCUGUUACUGCUAGUUUCCCCAGUGGGAAAUCACCUCAAGACAAAUUGUCCACAGCUGAUAAAUGUAUCAAUUCUGUUCUUCUCUGAUCAAUCUCUUAGGUGACAAUCCAUCAGACGCUUCAUAUUUCUUACCCAAAUGGACCAAGUAUUUUAUUUCCUGCCUUGUUGCUUUUGCCUUUUAUUGAGGCAAAACUGUCUGACCUGUCGUCUUCUGACCGUAGAGGACAUCGGUGCCGUCAUGUUCUUCAAACACACCAGGUGCGCUGUCUUUCAGCGCGAUCUUAUUACAGUCAGAUAGCGUGUUAGGCAGCCUGAUGGUUAGAAAAGAUGCUUGAUCUCAGAAAGUUUGAUCCAUCACCCUCGAGUUCUUGAUCACGAAGCUUUGACGUGCACAUUCACUGCUGGUUGUUUUCAUUGAAAUCCCAAAUAGCUUGAAAGUGAUCAAAGUUUUUGACCUUAAAGUGUAUCAGAAGUACUUAAAAUGAACGUGGCUCUUCAUACACAGAUUUUUUUUUCUGGUGCUGCCAGCUCUUUUUAGACCUUCCCAGACCUCGGCUCUUACUCUGAUGUAUCUCUGUGGUAUAAUAUUUUAAAAUCUUCCGCAUGUGUUGCCUUAUAGCUGCUCCGUUCACCCCCAGCUGCACUCCAGGCGACGUUUACCUCGUCCUAGUUGGCUCUUGUUACACAGAACAGCUAAAAAAACAAAAAUACUCCAUUAAAUCAUGACUUUAGCUUGAUGACUUUAAGGAUUACAUUAUAGCAAACUGUAAUAACUUUUAUCGGUUUCUGUUUUCCAAAAGCUCUGAGUGCCACGUCUCCUAUGUCGGUAACACAAGAGGGUGACGUUGCCUGCUCUCCUGUCAUGUACUGGAUGGUUCUAGUUGUUGUCAAUGCUGUUUCAAUACUCUCAUAGGUUACACAUGGAAGGAUUUAUUCCAAAAUGACACAUCCAUUAUAUGAAGAAAAAUGAUUUUGAAAUCAAAUUUAAAUUAAGGUAUUUUUUAAAAAAGGACAGGACUUUAAUUCUUGCUUGACUGAAAGUGAAAACAGAGUCCUGUAUUUUCCACAAACAUGGUAAACUAAAGGCUUGUUUUCUUCUCCAAAUGGAUUUAUCACGAUUUGGAAUAGAUUUUUUCAUCUACUAUAUCUUAAAUAUCUUUAAGUGGUGGAUAGAAGUGGCUGUCGCAGUUGGUAGAUGUGUAAGGUAUUAGGCUGCUAAGCGAUGUUUUUCCAACAGUUGAUAGCAAUGUUUUUCUUUUUAUUUCCUUCUUUUUCUUUGUCAUAUGGGGUAGCACAACUCAACAUAGUGGCCUGUCUUUCAACCAAAUAGGGCUCUUGAUUUUAUUGUUUGACUUUUUAAGCCUAUUUUUCCCCCCCCUUUGAAUUGUUUUACAUUUAUAUGUGAUGUAAUUUGAAGUGCUAGAUGUACUUGGCACUAAUUGGAAAAAAAAAGGAAGGAUCCUUGUUUAAAUGUAUGGAUAAGAUGCUUAAUGGAUUGAAAUGUGUUCUUUUGAAGCAUUUAUUUUUUUCGUUUGUACUGUACUUUAAUACUAUUUUGAAAUAUGCAUAAUAAUGUCAAUGUGAUGCUGUUUAUUUGAAUGCCAUUUUUUAUAUAGUCCAAUAUGGGUUUGAUGAGAAGGAAAACUGAUUUUAUUGUGUCAAGACUGCAGUUUUGUCUGGUUUUAUGCUGAUAUGAAUUAUGUACAUUGUAUUAAUGGAAAUGACGAGGAGGUGGAGGAUAAUGAUGACAUUGUAAUGUAUCUGAACUUCUGAAGCAUGUUUUGCAAACCCUUAUUGUACAGAUUAUGUAUUCAGUGUCAUGUUACCUGUUACUGUUGUUGCUUUCUGUGUGUUUCUUGUACAAGGCUUUUAAUUAAAAGCUCUUCAAAAAGC